AGGAGGCAGCGCGGCCGCCGCCGUUGCGCAGAUCCGGGCCGCGGCUGAGGGGAGGGCGCCGGGGCCAGUGACCUUCCGGAGGCGGGAGCGAGCCAGGGGGCCCGGGACGCCGAGCGCCGCCGCCGCCGCCAUGAACAACUCGGGCGCCGACGAGAUCGGGAAGCUCUUCGUGGGCGGCCUGGACUGGAGCACCACCCAAGAGACCCUGCGUAGCUACUUCUCCCAGUAUGGAGAGGUGGUGGACUGUGUGAUCAUGAAAGACAAGACGACCAACCAGUCUCGGGGCUUCGGGUUUGUCAAAUUUAAAGACCCCAACUGUGUGGGGACGGUGCUGGCCAGCAGACCACACACCCUAGACGGCCGAAACAUUGACCCAAAGCCAUGUACACCUCGGGGGAUGCAGCCGGAGAGGACAAGGCCAAAAGAAGGCUGGCAGAAAGGACCCAGGAGUGAUAACAGUAAAUCAAAUAAGAUAUUUGUCGGUGGAAUUCCUCACAAUUGUGGUGAGACAGAGCUCAGGGAAUACUUCAAGAAGUUCGGAGUGGUGACGGAGGUGGUCAUGAUCUACGACGCCGAGAAGCAGAGGCCUCGAGGUUUUGGAUUUAUUACUUUCGAGGACGAACAAUCAGUGGACCAGGCUGUCAACAUGCAUUUUCACGACAUCAUGGGCAAAAAAGUGGAAGUUAAACGGGCCGAGCCUCGGGACAGCAAAAGCCAAGCGCCAGGACAGCCGGGUGCCAGCCAGUGGGGCAGCCGGGUCGUGCCCAGCGCCGCCAAUGGCUGGGCAGGCCAGCCCCCACCCACGUGGCAGCAAGGAUACGGCCCCCAAGGAAUGUGGGUGCCAGCAGGACAGGCUAUUGGUGGCUACGGACCGCCCCCAGCGGGAAGAGGAGCCCCCCCACCACCCCCGCCAUUCACCUCUUACAUCGUGUCCACCCCUCCCGGAGGGUUCCCGCCUCCUCAGGGCUUCCCACAGGGCUAUGGCGCCCCCCCGCAGUUCAGCUUUGGCUACGGGCCUCCACCUCCACCACCGGAUCAGUUCGCCCCUCCAGGGGUCCCCCCUCCGCCUGCCACGCCGGGGGCAGCCCCCCUGGCCUUCCCACCGCCUCCAACUCAGGCCGCCCCGGACAUGAGCAAAGCGCCCACGGCCCAGCCUGACUUCCCCUACGGUCAGUACGCAGGUUACGGGCAGGACUUGGCUGGCUUUGGACAGGGCUUCUCAGACCCCAGCCAGCAGCCCCCCUCCUACGGGGGCCCCUCGGUGCCGGGCUCGGGGGGCCCCCCUGCCGGCGGAAGUGGCUUUGGACGAGGUCAGAACCACAAUGUGCAAGGAUUCCACCCCUACCGACGCUAACCGGCCAGCGCCCCGAGGACGGCGGGACCGCUGAGAGCCAGGAUUCGGAACUCGUGAACUCGUGACAAUCACACACUUGGAGGAAAAAUGGCGACUCAACCUGGGGGGUGGGGGGUGGGGCGAGAGGCUUUCGGAGGCGCUGUGGGUGUCUGGACUGAAGUUUUUAAAUAUAUUUCUUUCUCUAACCCAUCAGCACAAUAAAAAAAAGUCACUGGUUCAACAACAGGGUUUAAAAAAAAAUGUCUUCAGCUUUAAUUCAAAACUUCAGGUUUCUUUUUCUUUUUUUUGAAAUUAUUUUCCUGAGCCUUUUGUUUUACCGUAUAUUGUAAACUUUUAUGUUAAAGAAAAAAAUAUACAUUUACAAAUUGUGAGAUUUUUAAGAGAAAUUUUCUACGAUGUAUACUGGCUUAUUUUUUAAUUUAAAACAGGGUUUCCGUCGGCACUGGUGGAAGUGGGGGCUGUUUUUAGUCCCCACUCCUGGCUUUGAGGGUUGGGACUCGUGGGUCCAGAGACUCUGGGAGCUUCAAGAAGAAUCUACUGAGUGUGUUUUGUUUUUUGUUUAUUCCUUGCUUUUGUCGACUGACUUGCCUGGCAGUGUCUGCAGGUGUGCUGUCCGCCCCGCGUCCCACCCGGGCAUCGAGGACACGGAGGAGGCCUUGUCAGCCCAUCUCCUGCGCGCGUGGCUUCAGGGCAUCCCCGCUGGCCAGUUUGACCCUGGUUUGAAUAAAGAGAAGUGCGUUUGGAUUAGAAA